CCUGACGUCACUAGGCGGCGGCAGAAGACGGCGGUUUUGAACAGUUUGACCGGAGAGAGUUUGUAUCCGCCUAUCAAGCGUGUGUUUGGGUGUGUUUGUGUCUCAGCUCCGCCUCGGCACACGGAGCGGCAGCCCGUUCAUCUGAGCUGAACAGCCGUCAAACGCUCGGAGGUGUUUGUCUGCGUUCCUCGGUGUUAAUUUCCUCGUUAAUUUACCGCUAAGCUAGCAGUCUCCGUGUUAGCCUGUGUGUGUGUGCGGCGUUACCAUGGUGACGCUCCGCGGCAGAGGCAGAGGGGACGCGGAGCAGAGCGGCAGCAGCAGCGGGCCGCAGCGGCAGCAGAGGCCGGCCAGGAGCUCCGACGCCCCGCCACGGGAUCCACCGGGGACCCGGAGCAGGAGCACGGUCUCCCGGCCGCAGGAAUCCGUCCUGUCCAACGAAUUUGACGCCGAAGACGACGACGAACAGAAUCAGGCUGAUUCAGAAACACACGAGGAUGAAGAUAUGAAACCAGCGAAGCCCGUCAUCAGGAAGUCUGCCAGGCUUCAGAACACGGCAGGUGGUAGGAGGAGCGGGCUGAGGAGAAGCACCAGGCCGACCAAACCGACGAGCAGAUACCAGGCCUCCAACAUGUUCGACGGCAUCAGCACCAACACGAGCAGGUCGGUCCUGAAGAGGAUGGACAACAUGAAGAAGAAGAGGCGGCUCAGUAACAACAAAGAAGGAAAGAUCUACUCUAAAGCCCAGAGGAGGAGAACACCGGUCCCACCGCAGAGAGAGCUCAGUGACAGCGUGGAAGAAAACGGUGCAGAUGAUCAGGACAGCCGACAAGAAGUGGCCGCAGACGAAGAGAGCAGCAGCAGCGUCAACGAGAACUUUGACGCCAAACUGAGCAGAGCCUCGUCGCUGUACCAGGGACCCAACUGCGAGUUCCUGAGAGGAACCUUCAGGAUCAGCGCCUCCGGACCAAACACGACCCGCAGAGGAGCGUUCAGAGCCACUAAGAGUGUGUGGUCGAAUCAGUCUGACGAAGACUCCGAUGACGAAGAGCCAAACAGUGAAAAAGCCUCUGGCAGCUGUCGGCCGCUCGGCCUGCGUACCGACGAUCUUCUGGGGACUCGCAGAGACAAGAUGAACGCAGGAGCAGGUCUGGCCGACAUCGAUCCCAUGGCCAUCGACCAGUCGGUGGGGUUCGACAGCGUCGGAGGUUUGUCGGGUCACAUCUCGGCUCUGAAGGAGAUGGUCGUCUUCCCGCUUCUCUACCCCGAGGUCUUUGACAACUUCAAGAUCCAGCCUCCCAGAGGUUGUCUGUUUUACGGUCCUCCCGGGACGGGGAAGACGCUGGUCGCCCGGGCGCUGGCCAACGAGUGCAGCCACGGCAACAGGAAAGUGUCGUUCUUCAUGAGGAAGGGAGCCGACUGCCUCAGCAAGUGGGUGGGCGAGUCGGAGCGGCAGCUGCGGCUGCUGUUCGAACAGGCGUAUCAGAUGCGUCCGUCCAUCAUCUUCUUCGACGAGAUCGACGGCCUGGCUCCGGUCCGGUCCAGCAGACAGGAUCAGAUACACAGCUCCAUUGUGUCGACGCUCCUCGCUCUGAUGGACGGGUUGGACAGUCGAGGUGAAGUCGUGGUGAUCGGAGCGACGAACCGGCUGGACUCCAUCGACCCGGCGCUGCGAAGGCCCGGACGCUUCGAUAGGGAGUUCCUGUUUGGCCUCCCCGACAGAGAGUCUCGUAAAGAGAUUCUGAAAAUCCACACCAGGCAGUGGAAACCUCCUCCGUCUGAAGAUUUCCUGGACGAACUGGCUGAGAAAUGUGUUGGUUACUGUGGCGCUGACAUCAGGGCGGUGUGCACCGAGGCGGCGCUGUGCGCUCUGCGUCGCCGCUACCCGCAGAUCUACGGCACCUCCCAGAAGCUCCUGCUGGACGUCUCCUCCAUCGCCGUCAGCAGCUGUGACUUUGUGGCGGCCAUGAGGAAGAUGUCGCCGGCCGCGCGGCGCUCCGUCGCCUCGCCCACCAAGCCCCUGUCGCCCGUGGUUCACCCGCUGCUGGGCGGCGCCCUGCGGGACAUCCUGGAGGCGCUGCAGAGGCUGUUCCCUCACGCUGAGCAGGGCAUGAAGAGGAAGAGGGAGCCAGACCUCACCUCUGGUAUCCUUGACGACGGCCUCAUGUACGGAGGAGACGAGGGCUCCAGCUCAUCCAGCAUCUCCGCCCCCUCCACCUCCAAGUGCAGGAACUUCCUGCACUUCGCCAGGAGUGCAGUCAAACACCCGACGUCUUACCGUCCCAGGAUGCUCCUGGCAGGUCGACCCGGCGCCGGUCAGACGUCUCACCUGGCUCCUGCAGUCCUGCACGCUUUGGAGCGUUUCACCGUCCACAGCCUGGACUCUGCCGUGCUGUUCGGAGUCAGCAGCACCUCCCCGGAGGAGGCCUGCGCCCAGGUGUUCUGCGAGGCCAAGCGGACGUCUCCCAGCAUCCUCUACAUCCCCCACAUCCAGCAGUGGUGGGAGACUGCAGGGCCCGCGCUGAGGGCCUCCUUUCUCAGCCUGCUGGACAGCAUCCCCUCCUUCUCCCCCAUCCUGCUCCUCGCCACCUGCAACGUCCCCCACCCACAGCUGGAUCCAGAGAUUCAGUCUCUGUUUCGGGAGGAGUACGGGGAGGUGUGCACCAUCAGUGUCCCCACCUGGCAGGAGAGGACCGACUUCUUCCAGGACCUCGUUCUGAACCAGGCGGCCGAGGCUCCGCCCUCCAAGAAAAAAGCACUGACUCAGGCCAUGGAGAUCCUUCCCCUUGCUCCCCUGCCUCCCCCCCGCCAGCUGUCGGAGCAGGCGCGCCUCCGUCUGGAGGAGCAGGAGGAGGACGUGCUGCGAGAGCUCCGCCUCUUCCUGCGCAACGUCACCGAGCGCCUGAGCCUGGACCGCCGCUUUAAGGCCUUCACCAGACCCGUCGACAUAGAGGAGGUCCCAGACUACCUGAUGGUGAUCAAGAAGCCCAUGGACCUCUCCACGCUGCUCACCAACAUCGACGAGCACAAGUACGUCACCGUCAGCGAGUUCAUGUUGGACGCAGACCUGAUCUGGCAGAACGCCCUCGAGUACAACCCGGACAGCGACCCCAUGGACCGUCACAUCCGUCACCGAGCGUGCGCCCUGAAGGACACGGUCCGAGCCAUCCUCAGAGACGAGCUGGACGAGGACUUUGAGAGAGUCUGCGAGGAGAUCAAAGAGUCUCGAAUCAAGAGAGCUUCUUCCUGUGGGACCGAGACCAACCCAGACGAGGCCGACGGCAGCUCAGCCUUCUCCAGGAACAGCCCCCGACCUCAGCCUCGUAAGAAAAAACGUUACAAACCGCCCCGAAAAUCCAAGUGGAGCACCGGCGUCAUAAAGAAACCAAAGAAGAAGAAGCCGCCGGCCUCCACCUCGUUGUCGCUCUCCUCCUCCAGGUCCAGCAAGGCGAGUUCAGAGUCCGGUCCAGACGAGAACGGGGUCGCUGGGAUGAGGGCGAUGAACGGCUCCGCUGAUCCGAGCUCGUCCACCACGUCAGAGAGCAGCGACUGGGAGCAGAGCCAGAACGGGUAUCACCACGUAAACGGUGUCGCAGGGAUCCAGAACGGAGUUCUCAUGAACGGGUUCCACCGUCCAGACCCUCAGCCAGGGAGGCUGAACCUAAGGCAUCGAGCCCAGAAACCAAAGACAACGAACGGGGUUUAUCUGAGCACAUUAGAGCGUAACAAGCAUGAGAAGAGAGCCAACAUGGCCGCCAUGGAACAGAUGCAGCUGUUCAACGUGGGCAGAUCUGUGGAGGUCCUCGACGACGACACACCACCGCUCGUCGUUGAUCGCAGCAAACUGAAGGGUCUCCUGAACAGAGCGGUGGAUAAAACUGAAGGUGCAGAGGUGGAGCCGCUGGAGAAGCUGUACGCUCUGCUGGCUCAGUGCAUCUACAGACACAGAAACAACUACAACAAGGCAGAGCUCAUUCAGGAAAUGAAGAAAGAAAUUGACAGCUUCUCCUGAUCUCCCAGGUUUAUUUUAAUAAAACCUCAGUACAUUAAAAUGUGAAGUGGUUUACUCUUGUUGUUUUUACAUUUAGUUAUGAUCAUGUAACAUAUCACACAUCUGAAAUACCUCAGUAUUUAUUCUGUUAGUGUUUAAAAAUAAGAGUUUUUAAUCAUGUGACCAGUUUAUAAAAGAUUAAUAGUUAUGAUCACUCAGUAUUUAAUUAAUUCAGCUUUAUCAUGAAGUAAAUUUGAAUAAAUGUUAUUGAGGUUGAAUUACA